GAUACAGCUGAAAACUGAACUGGAAAAACACAAUGAGGACUGCCAGCUGUUUGUCAAACAGUUCCCAGAUUGGAGAGAUCAGACACAAGAACACAUAAAGGAACUGAAAGAAAUUGCGGAAAGCAUUGAUGAGUACCACAGAGGUGCCACCAUUGCAGCUGUCACAGGAACUUCAGCAGCAAUUGUUGGUGGGGUUCUGUCCAUUACAGGACUGAUUGCAAGCCCUUUAACAUCAGGUACAUCGCUGGGUCUCAGUGCCAUGGGAGCGGGAAUGAGUGCAACUGGUGCCGCUACCAAUUUUACAGCUGGUGUCACCGAGUCUGUUGGACAAUCUGUCAAACAGAAAAGAGUCGACGAAAUUGUAAAUCAAUACAAUGAAUGUUGUAAGCUAGUAUCAAGGUAUUUACACAAGAUUUGCGGUGCUAUUAAAUCCUGGAGCCGUAACCUACAGGCAGAAAUCAUAAAACACAAGUCUAGUGAAGAAAUGUCAGAGUUUCUAAACAUAACCUGCAGUGCAGUAAAGUGCAGCGAGAGAGAUGGAGAACAUUCGGUUCUUGAGGAGCCAACAAUCCUUUCAUUGUCUAACGCAGCCAGACAGGUAACAUCAGCAAGCCAGAAAACUGAAACCAUUCAAGAGCUGCUUUCUGGAUCACUUCCCCUAUUGUCCACUAUUGUCAGAGUUAUAUCAGGACUUCUUACAGCACUCUUAAUAGUAACAAAUAUCUACACUAUAACAAAAAGUUCCAUAGAUCUCACAAAAGGAAGCAAGACUGAAGCUGCAAAAAAUGUACAGAGUAUGGCUAUGAAGAUGGAAGAUGAGUUAAUGGCCUAUGAAGACAUUUAUCAAUUUCUGAAAUUCAUUUUAAAGGUUGAGUAA